UUUUCCAUCUUCCUUCUUUAAAAUGGCUUCUUUCUCCAUUAAAGCCAAGCCCAUGGCGGCGCCCGUGGUGUUUCUUCUUCUUCAGCUGCUGGCCGUGGCGUUCGGGUUCACGGCGGUGGCCCCGAGUGGCAGUGAGCAGAGGGAAUUUGACUACUUUGUGUUGGCUCUUCAAUGGCCAGCUACUUCUUGCAAAAACCCUGGCAAGUGUUGCCCUGCCAACGGUUGCUGUCGUGGAGUUGACUCUCCCACUGAAUUUACAAUCCAUGGGUUGUGGCCUCAGUAUAACGAUAGAGGAUGGCCAUCUUGUUGCACUGAUGCAAACUUUAAUGAAAAUGAGAUUAAUAUCUUGGCGGAAGAUAUUCAAAAGUAUUGGCCGACUUAUCGAUGUGGUACUACAUCUACAUGCCAUAGGACCAAAGGAUCAUUUUGGGCUCAUGAGUAUGAGAAACAUGGGACAUGUGCAGCUCCUGUAAUUGUGGGAGAAUAUGAUUACUUCUUGACAACCCUCACCAUCUUCUCCAAGUACAAUGUCACUAAAGUUUUGAAUGAUGCUGGAUUUGUAGCUUCCAAUACUGAAAAGUACCCUAUUGAAGAUGUGGUAGCUGCUAUUAAGAAUGAAUUCAAUUCAACUCCAAAGAUUACCUGUGCUAAAAAGGGGGUUGUCAAAGAACUUUGGAUUUGCUUUGACAAAAGCUUUGAGCCACGUGAUUGUGAUCUACAGAAUUCAUGCCCCGAUUUCAUUAAGCUCCCAACAUAUGAUCCUCAAGAGCCUAACAAGGUUGAGGGAGCAAUUCCAUGGAUUGCUGAUGCUGAAGAAAUUAUUUAACCUUUUUUUUUUUUUUUUUUUUUAUUUGGACCUAAAAGAAAUGAUUAGAGAAAUCCCUUUGAACAUGUUGGCCUUGUCUUUGUGAUCUUUCUAAGCUCAUCCACUUUGAAACUAAUUUGGAACUUUAUUUCAGUUGAAGGCCUCCAUGUUGUGGAUUUACUUUUCCAA